AUGGAGGAUAGCCAUAUCUUGGGUGACGACUUGCCGCUCCCCCCGGCGCGGCUCUUCGAAAGAUUGGCGCAGUUGCCUGGAUACACCUGGGACCAGUCCACUGAGCCCUUUCAUUCCACCUACAACCACUGGCAUGUCUUUGGUCUUCGUCAUGCCGUCGAAUGUGAUGUUUCUACCCCGGCCGCAACCUCGUCCGGCCCCUCCAGCCUGGCUCGCAAUUCCCCGCGCACCGAGUCCCGACCCCCGUUCCGUCAUAAUUGGAGGAGCAGCUUGAGUGAGUCCAGCAGCGAAAUAUCGCUUUCUCGUAUCGAUCAUGAGCCGAUCUGGAUCCCCGUCGUCGCCCGGGUUUCGUCCCACGUCGUUAGACUCGAGCGCGAAUUCCAUAUGCUACGGUCGAUUGUACAAACCUCGGACCCGGACUGCAACCACACCAUACGGCCGAUCGAUCUGAUCCGAUUGCCGCCCGACCCCGGGGAUUCAGGCACGCUGCUCGUGGCUCUGUUCGAGUCUCCCGGUCCGAACAUGCUGCGAGAGAUGGUCGCUUUUGGACCCGCUUGGUUCGCAGUUGGCGGCAGGACUGACAGCAACGAGCCCACUCCCGGGGAGCAGGUUUCUCUGGCGGUAUUUCUGGACUUUGCGAUAGGCGCAUGUGAUUGCUUGGAACUUCUACACUACGGCCUCAAAACCGUUCAUGGCGAAAUUCGGGGCGAUGCCUUCCACUUCAAUCGGGAGGCCCGCUCGGUCAAGCUGACCAACACUGGCAAUGGAGCCCGGUCAUUUGACAACAUCCUGAGUGAAGGCUGGUCAUCGCUCUCGAGGGAGUUAGGCGUCAAGAACAAGCUGCAGUUUAUCGCACCAGAGCAGACGGGGCGAAUGCCGACGGAACCCGAUAGUCGGACUGAUAUUUAUGCGCUAGGCGUGCUGUUCUGGACUAUGCUGGUGGGCAAGCCGGCCUUUACCGGCAGCGACCCGGUGGAGGUUGUACAGAACGUUCUUGGAAAGAAGUUGGUCCCCGUUUCGGCGAAGAGAAUGGAUGUUCCGGAUGCUGUAUCGGCUGUCAUUCAAAAGAUGACGCAGAAGGCUGUGAACGAACGCUAUCAUACGAUCUCCUCCGUCAAACGAGACUUAGCGCAGAUCUCCCAGCUACUUGGCGAUGGUGACAGCGAGGCCUUGAAGGACUUCCAGAUCGCCCAGCGUGACGUCUCGUCCUUUUUCACCCUUCCGUCUCGCAUGUUCGGCCGACGCGAAGAAUACGACAAGAUCAUCAGUGUUGUGGAGAAGGUCCACAGGCGCCAGCAAUGUGCAUAUGCGCGAGCUGGCGCGCAAGCUAGCAAUGGAGUGGGUUCGAACUCGUCCGUCUCCGAUGGUCGGGUCGAUAGCUUCGAAAUUGCAUCUGGCUCUAGCGACUCAGGCUCAUUCCAUCUAACUUCCAAAGCAGCUUCUAACGGCGGCCCUCUGGGUCGGGUAUCUACACAUGAGUCCCUGCAUAGCACCGAGUCUUCUCUUUCCACCCCAAAGCCAGGAAACGCUUCCGGCAAACUCAAGAGUCCGGUGGAAUCACGCGCAUCAUGGGAUAUUGCAGACCGAGAUAGUCACCCUUCCAUGGGUGCAAGCACACAGAGUCAUGGGGAGUCGAUCACUUCCGUAAAUCGAGCAAAACCUGGAAAUAAAACACGUCGUGUCGGCAAAUGUGAGAUCAUCACCAUCAGCGGUGCGGCUGGCAUUGGAAAGACCGACCUCUUAAACCGAGUUCAACCCACGAUUCGUAAACUUGGAUAUAUCGGCAUAGCCCGUCUGGACCGGGCUAGGCGCGUUCCAUUCGAACCAUUCGCAAAGAUCUUGGCUAGCCUUUUACGGCAAAUAUUCUCGGAACGUGAUGUGACCACUGACUAUCACAACAAUGUCCGCACGGCAUUACGACCCAUGUGGCCGACCUUGCACCGGGUCCUUGAGCUUCCGGAACAGCUCAUGUCAUCGGGAAGCAAGGAUAAGCAGAUCUCACCCAGGCUCUCGGCAGCGCAGCACAUCUUCAAAGAUGUAUCGACCAAAGGAGAACCAUCCAAGCGCAUGGCAAUGCCGCGUCUUGACGAUGGGCAAAGCUCGGUGGACUUCUUUCUGUCCAAUGCAGCGCUGAAGAACAUGCGACUGAUGGAGACCUUCUUGGAAAUUCUCAAGACACUAUCGCAAUACAGGGUGAUUUGUGCAUGCGUCGAUGACUUGCACUAUGCUGAUGACGAAACCCUGGAACUGAUCAUGAACAUCGUGAAGGCAAAGCUACCUUGUGUGCUGAUUCUCACGAGCCGAAAGUCUGAACUCGAGUCAGACGCUAUCAAAUCACUUUUCGAAGCGGACAACCCCAAUGUGACCCGAGUCCUGCUGAAGCCCCUCGGAGAAGAAGAGAUCAUGCAGGUCGUAGCGGCUACGAUGCAUCAAGCCCCCAACCCAACGUUAACGCCACUCGCCGCCGUGAUCCAGGAGAAGAGCAUGGGCAAUCCGUUCUUUGUGCGAAUGAUGUUGGAGACUUGCUAUAGCAAAAACUGCAUCUGGUAUUCGUGGAAAAACUCUACCUGGGAAUUUGACUUGGACCGCAUUUUCACCGAAUUUGUGGCGCCUAGGUAUGGCGAGGGCCUAGGGCUCGGUUUCAUUGCUCGGCGCCUUCAGGAAAUCCCGACAGCGGCAAGGUCCAUAAUGGUCUGGGGGGCGUUGCUGGGAAGCCCGUUUGCAUUUUCGUUAGUACAGAAACUUCUCACAAGCGAGUUUCUAUUUUCAAGCGAUGACGACGAGGCUAUCGAUUUGACUUGCCCGCAAAACGCAAACCUGAUUCGACAGUCCGAGGCCGACAUUGUUGUUGGACUGCAGUACCUUGUCCAAGCAAACCUUAUCAUUCCCGGAAAGACGGACGAUGAAUUCAGGUUUGUAAAUGAUCGGUUCUCCCAAGCCGCAUUGUCAUUGACUGAGGGACGGAACGUUGAGAAGAUGCAUUUCAUCAUAUCCCAGGCCAUGAUGAAAUACUACCACGACGGACGCAGUAGAUAUGCACUGGCACGGCAUGUGGCUCUUGCGUCGCGGAUCAUCAAGUCUCGUGUUAUUGAGAGGCUGGAAUAUAGGAAGAUUCUCUGGGAUGCAGCCCAAACUGCGGCCCAGUCAGGCGCUCGACCAACUGCGCUCUGGUACUUCCGUCAUUGUAUUGCUUUCCUACAGGAUGAUCCUUGGAAUGACAAUAACACCGAUGUUUACUAUCAUGAGACCCUGCGCCUGCAUAUCGCCACCGCCGAAAUGUCAUGGUCUCAAGGACACAACACCGAAGCCCUGGAUCUCCUGGACAAAGUGUUCGAGCAUGGAAAAAGUGCUGUCUGCAAGUCUAGGGCCUGGAUUGUGAAGGCGAAGAUCUACGCCCAGAUGGGCAACCACCUCCGCUCAAUGGACUCUCUUCUUACAUGUCUAGAUGAGCUGGGCGUUCAUCUCCGGGAUCCAACCACAUAUGAAAAAUGCGAUGCUGCCUACAAAACACUUGGCGAAUAUCUCGGCAAGAUGGACUUGGACACCAUGGUGCGGAAGCCUGUUAGCAAAGACAUUAAUAUGAUAACUAUUGGCGCGGUGAUGGCCGAGGCAAUGUCCGUCACGUACUGGGAUGAUGGGUUGACAUUUUACCGAAUGGCCAUUGAGAUGAUGAAUCUCCAUCUCUUCAAAGGUGGGUUUGUCCAGAUCUCAAUAGGCUGCUCGCAUCUUGCUAUGAUUUCCUUCAGCCGCUUCCGCGAUUUGGACCUUGCUGUCAAGCUCAGUGACCAUGCACUCAGCCUUCUUGAGCGGUGCCCGGAGCCUUGGACGCAGAGUCGGGGCCUAAUCGUUCAUAACUUGUAUGUUGCCCACUUACGGGUACCAUUGUCCUCCACGCUUCCUGUUCUUGAAACCUCAGUGGAGACUUCGUUCUCAAUGGGCGACCCCUACAUCACGUUGAUCAGUCUCUCAUCGAUGGCAAUGACGAGGCUAUUCCUGGGCCACGAUAUGGCUCAAGUCGAGGCUUUCUGCAAUGAAAGCCCAGAGGAUAUACCUGAUUGGGUGAAUGAUACCCGUGGGGGUGCUACUCUUCUCGCCGUGCGACAAGUAGCGCGUGCUCUGCAAGGCAAAACAUCCUGUCGGUUCGCUCAUGCUGCCAUGUCUGACGAGCACCAUCACACAAACGAAUACAUCGCUUUCCUGGAAAACAACGCCAGCAAUGCGGAUCGCCCGCGGGAUAUCUACUGGGGCUUGGCAAUGAUCCCACUGUUCGCAUUUGGACAUCAUACCAGAGCUAUAGAGGUUGGCAUGCAAAUGAUGGAUACUAUGCCUAGGUUAUGGUCUGCUCGUGUUUCUUAUGUCGUUUAUUUCUAUCUUGCCCUUUCACUCCUGACGCUUCAUAACGAUUAUCCGGCACGUGGGUAUCUUGAUGGGAGUCUGAAGACGGUUUUGCAGUAUAAAGCAGAGGUCGAUUUCGCCCGCAGUGCUUGUGAUGCCAAUUACGGCAUGUGGUCCCUGAUUCUGGAGGCCUUGAUCUGCGAAGUCCGAAACGACCACACGUCUGCCAUUCAAGCUUUUGAGGCGGCAAUUGAUCACUGCCAAAUCCAUGGGUGGCCAAUGGAAGAGGCCCUUGCCCUUGAGCUGCACGGUGAAUUCCUGAUUCGUCGUGGUGCCAAGAGAGCGGCACGUUCUGUGAUGCAGGAUGCAAUUGCCGCCUGGGCUGCGAUCAGUGCCGUGGGCAAGGCAGCACAACUGACUGAAAAGCACGAGUGGCUUCUGAAAACUGCGACCUCUUCGAGAAAUGUUGACGUCGGCUGUCAGACUGUUGACUCUCUCCUUGGAAUCAACCGCAAUGCGGGCCAGGAACAUAUGGGCGUGAACGCAAACAUGGAAGAAGACGACCGAAAACAGCGCUGGUUAGAACAGAACGGCGUCACAACCGGGGAACGUUCAUUGGAUAUCUCUGGUGUCGGUCUCGAUAUAAUCGACCUUUCAAGUAUACUCGAGUCGAGCCAGGUGAUGUCGUCCGAGCUUCAGAUUGACAAGCUUUUGACAAAGAUGAUCGAAAUUGUCCUAGAAUCAUGCAACGGCUCGGACUCAGCUCUUAUUGCGACGAACUUUGAUAACAAUUUUACCGUGGCCGCGACUGGUGACAUGGAGAAGGGGCAAAAGUCAUACGUCGACGGUCUUCCAUUUUCGGAAAUCGAGGACAAGAUGGCGCACCAGAUUUCCCACUAUGUGAUGCGCACGCGCGAGGAGGUUCUUGUCCACAACGUACUUGAAGAUGAACGGUUCUCCAACGUCAGCGAAGCUUAUCAGGCAAGAUACCCACUCGGUAGGUCGGUGAUUGCAUUGCCAAUCAUGCAAGCAGAAAACCUUCUUGGUGUUAUUCAUAUCGAGGGAAAGCCGAACUCUUUUACGCAGCGGAAUGUGGUUGUGCUUCACUUGCUCUGCAAUCAGAUCGGCAUAUCAUUGUCCAACGCCUUGCUCUUCCGCGAGGUUCGCAAGGUCAGUGCCACGAAUGCUUCGAUGGUUGAAGCGCAAAAGCGCGCGCUGGCCCAGGCGCGGGAGGCGGAGCAGAAGGCCAAGGUGGCAGAAGCCGAAGCGAAGCACAAUGUGAAGUUAAAGGAAGAUGCGGCCAAGGCCAAGUCCAUCUUCCUUGCCAAUAUCUCCCAUGAUUUGCGCACCCCAAUGAACGGUGUCAUCGGUCUCUCAGAGCUUCUCAAGGGUACUCGAUUGGAUAAGGAGCAAGAUGAAUACGUAGAGUCGAUUCGGGUGUGUGCCGACACUCUGCUGACCCUCAUCAACGACAUCCUUGACUUUUCGAAGCUGGAAGCUGGGAAGAUGAAGAUUUCCACCGUUCCGCUUAAUAUCCGGGAAACGAUCUCGGAGGUUGUUCGCGCGCUUCGUUAUACGCACCGCGACCGAGGCUUAGAAACGAUCGAGGAUUUGGACAAGGUUCCCCCAGAGCUUGUGGUCCUUGGUGAUCCUGUUCGCCUGCAUCAGAUCUUCAUGAAUCUGCUAAGUAACAGCUACAAGUUUACACCUAAAGGAUCUGUGACCGUGCGGGCCAGGGUAUCACGCGAGGGCAAAGGGCGCAUUCGUUUGGAAUGCUCGGUGUCAGAUACAGGAAUCGGUAUCUCCGAGGAGCAGAAGUCGCGACUCUUCCGGCCUUUCUCUCAGGCCGAUAACUCGACAGCAAGAUCCUACGGAGGCAGUGGUCUCGGUUUGAGCAUCUGUAAGGCAAUCAUCGAAGACGUUCUAGGUGGUGCAAUCUGGCUUGAUUCCACCUCCGGCGUCGGUACCACGGUAACCUUCCAUCUGUCAUUCAACAAAGUAAAGGAUGCUUCCAGCAAAGGUCUCCGCUCGAAGUUGCCCAGCCCGGACGGGGAAAAGGCCUCUCCGAAGCCCACGGCUCGUGAUCUUAGUAUGGUUCCCCGCGAUCAGAUCCGAGUGUGCAUCGCGGAAGACAACCCGAUCAAUCAGAAGAUCGCCGUUAAGUUUGUGACCGGACUCCACUUGCAAUGCGAAGCCUACAGCGACGGACAGCAGGCGGUGGAAGCCCUUCGGGCACGCUCCCGUGAAGGAAACCCUUUCCACGUGGUCCUCAUGGAUGUACAGAUGCCCACGCUGGACGGCUACAACGCGACGCGCGAGAUCCGCAAAGACCCCGAUCCGAACGUCAACGAGGCCCUGGUGAUCGCGAUGACGGCCAGUGCCAUUGAGGGGGACCGGGAGAAGUGCCUCGACGCCGGCAUGAACAAUUACCUUCCCAAGCCAGUCCGCUCGACGAUCCUGGCCGAGAUGCUCGACCAAUAUCUCGCCCCGGUCCCCGCCUACACCCGGACUCGAAUGACGAACCGCGAUCGAGGGAGCAUGAGUACCGACGCCGGCACGCCGCCGCUCAGCAACUCCCUAUCGCCGCAGUCCGAAAGUCCGGUCAUCGCACUCACGCCCGAGGAGGAAAAGCCACUUGCCGCCAGCAGCAGCAACAGCAGCAGCAGCAACAGCAACACGUGA